GUGUGUGUGAGCAUUGCAGAUUGUCUGUGCUCCUCUGAAUCAUCGUCUUCUUCUCCGGUGAAAACCAAAACGCACUCACGAAUUUCAAGAACAGCAGAUUAAACCAGAACCCGAAGCGGCGUCGUUCUUGGCCUAUGUGGCGAAUUUAAGGUUGGAUAAGAGUGAGUGGGAAGUGAGUGCUGGCAGCUAAUAUGUGAAAAUGAAGCUCCAGAGCUACAAUGCAAUCUGAUGUAUGUCCAAGUAGUCGCUUUGUAGAACCUGCUGAGGAUAUGGGAUCCAGAGUAGGGCUCAAAAAUAGUUCAAAAGAGCAGAACAAGUCUACCAUAGAGGACAAGGUUCAACAGCCCCAAAUGAGUCGAAGAACGAAGCAUCUAGAGAAGGUGAAAGUGAGAACUGGUGUUGGUUUGCCAGAGUAUGAUCUGCAUCAGAAAGCAAGACAAGAUGCAGAUGAUAGUGCCUUGGUCCAAGAAAAGUCUUUGCGAAAUCGGCAUAGGCAGAGUAUGAAGGCGAAUGCAGCUAAAGUUGAUGAGCUUGUCAAGCACAUGUCAAACUUGCCUGGUUAUCUUCAGCGCUCUGAGAGAGGAGAGAACGUCAAAGAAAAGGCAUUGAAUGUUGGGGUUCUGGAUUGGGCUCAGCUAGAAAAAUGGAAGCACAAGCAGAAACAUCCCCCAGAAAAAGGUAGCAAUAGUUUAUUGAGCAGUAGCCGAAUUUCAUCCUUGGAAAAGACUAUUGGAUCAUCUACAUCAUCUGAUCUGGUUCGCACUGGGACACAACACUCCUCGCGCUGUUCCAAUCUCAAGUCAUCUCAAAAGGAAGGCCUUUCUCAGGGUGCCAAACCAUCUAUCCAGAAAGAUGUGCGCUUUCAAGACUCUAAAACUGCUUCGAAGAAUGCCAUUCAUGGGCACAAAAAGAUACCCUUCCCCUAUGGGUCUCGUGGAAGAAACCACUCAGAUAUAAUGGUUGAUAAGGGAAAGGGAAAAGAUUCAGGUCAGAAGAUCACUUCAGAGAUGGGAAAUGCGGCAGCAAACUUGAAAAGUUACCGAGUCUCACUCGGUCAAAAGGAAGAGGUUAGCACUUGGGAUGGUCAAGCUAAGAAUACCAAGGGGUUGCAAGAACCAGAUAUCAAGAGGAAGAAUAUUGAUCGAAGAAUCAUUUCGGAAUAUCAAGAGGGAGCUAUGUCGUCUAACUUGGGAAGAUAUGAUGUCUCACUCAGUUCAAAAGGAAAGGCAAUUGCUUCCGAUGGUAAAACUGAGAAAAGGAUGGAGGAGUUGCAGAAACCAGAUAUCAAUCUAUGUCAUCAACGUUUCCCUGAUGAGGAGAAUACCACUGUUCUCUCUCCACCAAAGGAAUUGCCCCAAAAUGGCUUUACAGAGGUACUGGAGCUUUCAAAACCAAGAGCAUCACGGGAUGAGCGUGUGACCGAAGCUAAAGGGAUUAGCUUCUCAGGUGGCUUUUCUACCAAGGAGAUGGACUUUGCAGAACUCUGUUCUGAAGUUCCACACUCAUGCCCACUGCCUUCUGGAGUUGAGUUUAAUAAAGUGUCAAACAUGAUGUCAAGUGGCUCAAUCAACAGUAACAGUAUGGGGCCUUGCUUUGUUCCAUCUCACAUGCGCUCAUGCUCAAAAGGAACACAAGGCCUGCUAUAUGAAGAUAAAUUUAUAGAGAACAAAUAUUCAGAGAAAAAGCUUACCCGUUCAAGUUUUGAUACUUCCAAAACAUCAGAUCAAGAAGAGCUGGGAACUAGAAAUGGCAGAAACCCAACUCCCAAUCGCCGAUUUAGCUUCAGCUUAGGUCGGCUUGGUAGAAGUUUCAGUUUUAAGGAAAGUUCAGAUAUUCCACAGUUAAGUUCCACAUAUGUGACAGUCAAAUCAGGUCCUGUGAGAUCUGGAACUUCUGAUUGUCCAGAUAAUCCAAACAGAGAGAAGGCAAGCAGUCAUAAUAGAGCUAGGUCAAGCCCAUUAAGAAGGUUACUAGACCCAAUACUGAAGCACAAGGAGGCAAAUCCACACCAUUCUGUUGAAGCUGUUAAACCCUUGAAAGCAAAUUUUAAUUCCUUUGUCCCCAGGCCAAUCAAUGUCAGUGACUCGUUACAAGCUGCGAAGAGUGAGGCAUCAUGGGUUCAAGCUUUUUUGCAAUUAACAAUCAAGAACGGACUUCCUUUGUUUAAAUUUUGGGUUGACAACAACAGCAGCUGUCUUGCAGCAACCACGAAAUACUUAUCAUCUGGAAAGGAUGAUGCAGUCCAAUAUUUUACAUUUUACUCUGUUAAUGAAAUCAAGAGAAAAAUUGGUGGCUGGAUGAGCCAAGGAAGUAAAGGCAAAAGUUGUCGCUAUGUUUACAACGUUGUUGGUCAAAUGAAGGUUUCUAGCUCUGACUUCUCCAACGUUGACGGACAGAACUUCAGUAAGUAUAUGGUAAGAGAGUCUCUGUUGUAUGGUGUUGAGCUAAGACAAGCAGAUCAAGAAUCACCAAAGUUCGUACCAACAAGGGAGCUUGCUGCUGCUGUUGUCAAGAUACCUAGCAAAGACUUGAGCCAUGCUGAACAGCAGACUGACGAGGAAGUUCUGGAGAAGGGCUACCCCAGGUGUUCACCGGAGGAUAGAUGCUCUUACAGCUGGGAAGACAGUAGUAUAGUCAUUCUUCCAGGUGGUGUCCAUAGCUCACCAAAUAAAGGAGAACCUUCGCCCCUAAUUGACCGUUGGAAAUCUGGUGGGUUAUGUGAUUGUGGAGGUUGGGAUAUUGGUUGUAAACUGCGUGUUCUCUCCAACCAGAACAAAUCCUGCCAGAAUCUGAAAGCAUCCACAUAUUAUCCUUUUUCCGAUCAUUUUGAACUUUUCGAUGAGGAGGGUGCACAGCAGAACAGGCCAGUUUUCAGUUUGGCACCAGGGAAGGAUGGAAGCUACUCGAUUGAAUACAAUACAUCACUUUCUUUGUUUCAAGCAUUCUUCGUCUGUGUUGUUGUGAUCAGCAGUAGGAAACCAUCAGAUCUGUCGGAAGUGAGUAACAGGUCAGAAGCAAAAGUUUUCCAGGAACCGAGUUUGAUUGGAAACAAUGGAAUCCAGGUGACAGGGCCAGCAAAAUAUGCCCCAAAUCCACCACUGUCCCCCAUUGGAAGAGUCUAGCUUCGUGCAAGCAAAGCCUUUCGCUGUUCGAGUCCAACAAUGGAUGGUCUUCAAGAUUCAAGAGGCAGUUUAUAGAACUCCUAAAGGCAUACCAUCUCAUAGUCAACAAAUCAUGUUGUUUGAAAACUUGCAUGAGUAUGACCCUUGCAAUUUUGUGCUGGUUGUUCUGCAGUACCAACAUUACCAUGUGUAAAGGAAAAAAUGUCGUUCAAUACAGUACUCAAAUACUAGAACUCAACAUCUUCGAAGAAUGAUGGUGUAAAUACUCUUAUGCAGGGUUAUUUCAGAUAUCAUAGUAUAAUUCUCCGU